CUUCUUCUCUCUCUCUCUCUCUCUCUCUCUCUUACUCCUCACUGCUUUUCAAACACAGCCACAACAUCAUCGCGUUGGCACGAUCCUUGCAACUUAUCUUGAUCUUAACCACACCACACUGACUGAGUGAGACACAAGAUCUACUUAGCUCCUUCCAGGUUCCAUAUGAUCUAAGCAGAGAUAGCAAGUGCAAUAAUUUUAAGCAUAAGUUCUGAGCUUGAAUGCAAAUUAAUCACUAUUAAAAACAUCAAAUAAAGGUGGAUCGAAGGCAUGGAAAGAGGCCACUUCCUAUGGAAGCACAGAAGGAGAAAGAAGAGGAUGACCAACAUCAGCAUGUCUUCCCUCCUUCUUACGCAUCCGUUCUUGGUGAGAAAGACACUCCCACAAUGGUUUCGGGUCUCACUCGUAUCAUCGGAACCAGUCAUGAAGAUAACUCAGCUGUAGGGGUGCAAUCGGACUCAGGUGCAUCGGUUGUCACGGAGUCUGCCAUGAGACAAGGGCAUGACCCGACGUCUCAAGAUCAAGGAAAUAUAAGGAGAAGACAUUACAGAGGAGUGAGACAAAGACCUUGGGGCAAAUGGGCAGCCGAAAUACGUGAUCCAAAGAAAGCAGCCCGAGUUUGGCUUGGCACCUUUGACACUGCGGAGGAUGCAGCCCUUGCAUACGAUGAAGCUGCUCUGAGAUUCAAAGGCACCAAAGCCAAGCUCAAUUUUCCUGAAAGAGUUCAAGCAAAAACUGGUUAUGGCUUCUUCAUGAGUCAUGGAGACUCGACCGCCUUUCAUGAGAGCAUUCCUAAUCCAGCUCCUCAUCAUCAUCAUCAUCAUCCUCUUCCUCUUCCUGUGAUGUCAAUGUCAUCACAAGAAGCUUAUCCAGACCUUGAUCAAUAUGCACAACUUCUUUCUAGCAAUGAUGCUGAUUUCCCUUACUUCACGUCAGCUCUCUAUAAUCAACAACAACAGCACUUUGUUUCACAGUCUUCAACGAUGACAAGUACAGCACCAUUGAUGCCCUCGAUUACCUCAGAAUCAGAUGAGUUUCUGAGUUUUUCGUCGCAGUUCCAAAGUUCAUCCAGUGCUGAUCUUCUCAAUCAUGGGAAACAUUUUGGUACUGGCAGUGGCACCUAGUAAGUAGUAUUUCAAGAUUUUGAGCAUGAGGGAUUUUUAUUUCUUUCACCUGGUUAUUUCAAAGUGAGUUUGGUGUCCAAGUACUUCAUUAUUAUGUAUUGGCAUGAACGAUUACUUGAAUUUUUUCUUGAGUUGUAUUUCAAUUGCUAUGAAAAAUUUGAGACAAUGAAGACACUGAGGCACAAGAACAAGAGGUUCUGCGCUUUUGAGUGUUUUUUGUGGCUCUCUGAACUCAAAUAAUAGAAUAUGUUGGAAUUUAUGCAAUGAUAUAUAUAUAUAUAUAUAUAGGAUUGAGAUA